AACCUCAUGCUGUCCACUCCCGACCGCAGUGAAUCAACGGUGAGCCGCGUGCUAACCGUGACUCCCCGAGCGCUCCGCAGCAACGACGCGGCUGACGCAGGGGCAGGGUGAACAGCGGACGUGCCCCGAGGCGAGCGCGCGGGUUCAGUGCGCGUGCGCGCUCUCCGAGGGCGGAGCCUCGCCCAGAAGGGGCGGGGCCUCGGGCGGUCCGUUUCUCUUUGCUACUUAAUUCUAUCCAGAGCGGUGCUUGCGUGGAGCUUCCACGUUUGCGACUCAGCGGACCUUCCUUACUCCUGCACGUCCUGGUGUGACUGUGAGCAGCCGUCUCCCGACUCUUCCUCCUGAGCAUCUGGCAGCAGAAAACAGCUCUACCUCCCUGCAGAGGAGCUGGGCACCGUCGCCAUGAAGUACAUGCUGAACCUCUAUGCGCUGGGGGUCUUGCUGACCCUGCUUUCUAUCUUCGUUAGACUGAUGGAGUCACUGGGAGGCUUACUGGAGAACCCAUUGCCGGGGAGCUCCGGGAUCACGCGAGGUCAACUAGCCAACACACAGCCUCCCAAGGGCCUUCCGGACCAUACUUCCCGAGGAGUGCAAUAAACCUCCCUCCAGGCAUCAGCCAUACUUUGACACACUAACUUCAGCAUGUCCAACCACACGGUCCACUUCCCGAGAGGCAGCAUCAAAUGUCUCCGAAGAACUGUUACUGGGCCUGGCAGGGAAUUUUUUUUGGAUGUUCCCUUACCCUGGAAAAGAGCCUGUUUGCUGUAGAGGUGUGAGUGGGUUGUCUGUGACUCUGGGAUGGAGGUGCACCAGUUUCAGCUGUUGGGAGAAUGGCUUUUGGUUUUGUUUGUUUCAGCACUCCGUCCUAAAGCCCUCUGACUCGUUUGGACCUAAGUAUCUUCGUUGGUGUACUAUUGAGUUCUUUGGACAGCAUCUUAAGGGGUUGUGGGUUGGCUGUGAAGACAGAGGGUGGAUUAUCCAGCGUCCAGGUCUAAGUUGUACAUUGUGUUUUUUCUCCAGCGUAAUACACAUGUGUUUGUGUAUAAUGUCUAAAGGGCUAUGGGAUAAUCAAGCCUGCUCAGGGUAGGGGUGUUCUAGCCACUAUGUGGCUUACAUAAAUUUUUCUAAUAAUAAUAAAUGUGAAUAUAUAUAUAUUUCCACUGUGUGUCCUGGUGA